GACUUUAACCUGCUGUCGGGGUGUGUCUGUAAACUUCGAACAUGGCGGAGGAGAGAACGACUGAUGAUGCCGCACCAGUUGGUGACAGAACAGUUCCUGAUUUUGGAAAGAAGUAUCAUGUCAAAGGUGAGCUGAAUUUGCCUUAUUCUGGUGAUUCUGGUAUAAAGGAACUGUUUGAAGUUUGGUACGACCUCGAGGGGAACAGAAGUCGCAUCGACUAUUAUGAUAGUACAGUGCGCACUUUUCUGAUUGGAAACGACUUGGAUUAUGGCGUCAUUUACAAGAUCACACCAGUGCCAGUUAAAGAAAUUAAAUAUUUCCAGCUUAAAGGAACAAAGGAGGAUCCAAUACGUCCACAGGCGGCACUGCCUGAUCUGCAGGGCUUUGAAUUUGAGAAGAUGGAGGAUUACGCAGGCGUUCAGUGUGAGGUCUGGAAGAAGGUCACACAGGCUAGUCAUAAGAAGAACACAUAUCGUCUGUGGGUCAAACGUCCAGAGGGAAGUGAUUCCCCAGCCGUCCCGUACCACUUUGAGAUGGAGGGCUUCAACACUCUUUUGGAGUCCCACAAUGACAAAUACAUGAUUGACUACAGUGACUUCAGCUCACAAACUGAAUUGGACAUUUUCACACCCCCUGGAGGAAUGACCUAUGAGGAGUUUCCGGAUCCUCCCGAGGAGCAUCAAAUAUUGGCCAAUCCCCUUCAAGACUAUGUCAGCACCUCCCCUGUUAGCCACGCCCACCGAUUGUUCGGCCCCUUUAAGGAGAAGUUUGAGCGCCAGUAUGAAAGUGAGAAAGAGCACGAGGAGCGUGAGAACAACUUUGUACAUACUUUUCGGAGUGUGCACUCUACAAACAGAGCCGGUCUUACAUACAGCGCUGGUAUCAAUCACUUCGCUGACUGGUCAAAGGAAGAGUGGAGGAAGUACUGUUAAAAUUGAUUAGUUGACUUAAUAAUCUGUGACUGAGCAAUGAAGUAAAUAAACACCUCUCUUAAUUAGAGGAAAAAUGUGUGAGAAAUUGAAGUUGCACUAACUAAAUGCAUUGUUUUUCUACUAGUUUACUUCAUUAGAUUAAGAAAAUUUAGUUGUAGUUAAAUUAAGAAAAGCAGAAUUAGAAGUUACACCCAGAAUUUAUCAUGUAGUGGCUUUAAGUCACCAGAAACCACUUCAUCCUUGUAAAGAAGACACAAAAAAUCCUGCUUAUUCAGAGGCUGAAGAAAGUCCAUGUGACAUAUGGCAUCAAAGUAACACGAGAGAUUCGAGAGCAACUGAUUGGAGACAGCUUCUCCAGAGCGACUGCACGAGCUGUGAUGACGACAGCUAUUUCCUGAUUGGCCAGAAUUAACAAUGAUGUGCUUUUUGUGUUUAUGACACUAUAAAAACUCUAUUCAUGUUUGUUAUUGAAACUGUAUGGAUUGUUACUCUGUUCAAUAAUAAUAAUAAAAAGGUUUAAAAAACUCUUUUCGUGUAAUUUCAUGUUAUAUUGGUUUAUGUUUAUCAAAAUAAAACCCAUAAAAAUAUAAA